AUGACCAUAAUGAAGAACUCAGCUUCGGCCAACAUGCGAGAUCGUUACUCAGUCAUAGUCAUCGGUGCUGGGGAAUCCGGAAUUGCCGUGGGAUGUAUGCUCAAAACCAAACUGGGCACCAACGACUUUCGAAUUUUCGACCGACAAGGCGGCGUUGGGGGAGCAUGGUACACCAACAGGUACCCGGGAGUAGCCUGCGAUAUCCCGGCGAUUUUCUACUCUUAUUCUUUCGCACCGAACUAUGAGUGGACAACUCUAUUUCCCCCUGGCCAAGAAAUCCAGCAGUACUUGGACGGUGUUUGCGAUAAGCUUGACAUCCGGAGCAACAUUCAGCUCGACACAGAGGUGUCAAGUGCCCGAUGGGUUGACGAAGACGCUGAGUGGGAGGUCAAAGUGACCCCUUCCAUUCAUCAGAACGAACAAGCAGCAGACAAAAUUCUUCGGUGUAAGGUGCUCGUCACUUGCGCCGGCGAACUCGUCGAGCCCAACAUCUGGCCGCAGCAUGUCCCGGGAAUCACCUCUUUCCAAGGGCAGGUAUUCCACACGGCGCGAUGGAACGACGACGUUUCCUUGACGGGAAAAGAUGUCGUCGUGAUCGGAGCGGGAUGUACUGCAGCACAGCUCGUUCCGGCACUGGCAAGCCCGCCGAUUGCUGCAAAGUCAAUCACGCAGCUUAUGAGAGCACCGCCAUGGGUCAUGCCUCGACCUGAGAAGCCUCCUCCGCGUUUGAUGGAGAUUGUUUCCAUACUGCUUAGAACUGUACCCGGACUAGGACUGUUCCUCCGGCUCUGUCUCUUCCUGUACGCUGAGUCGACGUGGCUCAAUGUCGGUAUGGGCUGGUUCGGAAAGAAGCGGCGACAGUGGUUUGAGCAAAGACUUCUCGUCCAUCUGCGUAAGACCGUACCUCCCAGAUAUCACGAUAUACUUACACCACGGUUCGGCGUUGGGUGUCGGCGGAUCAUCGUCGAUGGUGGGUGGUUGGAAAGUCUCAGUCUGACCAACGUGGAACUUACAAAUAGACCUCUGGUCGCAAUCGAAUCGCAGAGCGUUGUUUUGGGUCCUCCACCAGACCAACAGCACUUGACAUAUAACGACGAGAAAAAGGAUGGUGAAACCAUCAAGAAGUCCGCGGAUGUCAUCAUCCUGGCGAACGGCUUUGAGACUUCGACCUACCUCCAUCGCUUAAAAGUCCAAGGAAGAAACGGAGUACUGCUACACGAAGUUUGGAAGGCAAAUGGAGGUCCUGGCGCCUACCUCAGCACCGCCGUCCAUGGAUUCCCCAACUUCUUCAUGAUUUUAGGACCAAACUCUGUCAGCGGCCAUUCAUCAGCCAUUCUCGCCAGCGAGAACGUGGCCGGAUAUGCUCUCAACUUCAUCAAGCUGGUUCUGAGUGGACAGGCCCGCACGGUUGAAGUCCAUUCGGAGGCCGAGAAAAGCUACACGGCUGAUGUGCAGAGAAGGUCCCUAGAUAAAGUCUGGCAGACUUGUCAUAAUGGCUACAUACAGACCGGGGGCUGGAAUAGCUCGAUAUGUCCGUAA